AUCUACAGUUUUAGGCUUCUGAAUUAUAAAUAGAUUAAUAAAUGGCAGCCUUAUAAUAUAUAAUGUAUUUUGUCAAUUUCAGGGAUACACGCCAUUGCAUAUAGCAAAGCAGUUUCGUCACGAAAACGUGUACAAUUUGCUGAUCGAAGUUUACGACGCUGAUCCAAACGUGCGCGAUUGGUCGGGAAGAAAGCCCAAGCAGUAUUCUGGUCACAUGGACACCUCGUUGUCGCCAGGCUCAUAUCGCAAAGCAGAAUCGUAUGACGUACAGCGAUCGGUAACCGCUCCACCGACCCCACAUACAAUAAAUACGAUGUCAAAAAAGGAGAGUUUCCUCCGCAUCGGUUCGCUGAACGUGCGCGUGAAGAAGACCACGGAGGCCUUCAGCAACUUCCUCGGCGUGGGCGCCACCAGGUCUUCAGCUUACAUCCCGAAGAGGGACCGAGAGGACUGGCGUUCUGAUGACGGUGAGCUCUUGAAGACCUGGAGCUCUGCUGAUAACAUACAGAAGGACGACAAGCUGAUGCCUCCGCCAAUGAGCAGCAAGGUGCGGCGACGCGCAGCCAAUGGCAGGAGAGGGUUGGCUGCCCACAGCAGAAGCACCCCGUCCACUCCUGAUCAGCCCCGGGCACAGAUCGGCGGCAGCGAAGACGGGGACUCCGAUUCGGACUCCGCUGCCGGCUUCCACGCGGCUUGGCGACAACAACGCGCCUCUAACUGUACAUGAACAACUGUUAAGACAAGUGCCUUGACAGUUGUUCAUGUACAUGAGAUGGUUUCGGUUGGACCUGAAGUUUCAGCUGCACACUAGCGACACCAUCUCAUUUUCAACCAUUUAUUUCUUACCGAAAAUUCGAUCGUAUUUUAUUAUUCGCUAAGAAAUUUAAGAAAUUGAUUUCAAUGUGAUGGUGGUUUCUAACCACGCUUUAGGUAAACAUUUAAUGUUAAAACCGCGAAUACACUAGGGAACAUUUGACGCACAACACGUCGCUCUAUCUCACUCAUUGCCAUUGAUUCGAGUGAAAUAGCACAUCUUCGAUCUCGCUUAUUUUAAUUGUAAUAAAAAGGAAAGUACGAUAUUUUGCGCGUCAAACGUUUCUUAAUGUAUUCGUGGCUUUAUUCUAUGUGAAUGUACAUAAUAUUCCGCUUUCAAGUCAUUUAGACAAUGUUUUUGUCCUUGGAGAUUGACAAGGACAAAUUUAAUACACUAACUUUUAUAAUUCAAUUUAUAUGAUGCUUGGUACAUAUGUUAAAUCAACAUAGUAUUGUAAGUAAUAACUACAAAAGAACCAAUAGUGAAGUGUGUUGUUCGCUUUGGAAGAACCAAAUGUUUUGUAAUCAAUAUCUAUAUAUUGAUUACAAAACAUUUGGUUCUUACUAAUAUAAACGAUAGUUUAGUAUUAUAAUAUGUAAUAGUAUAGUAGUAAGAAGUGUGGUACUUACAUUCCGAGAUGGAACGCGAAACUUUGCUUUUGAAUAUUUUUUUCAAGAGCACGAAUUCUAUUACAUCCUAUCGUACUAAUAUUAUAAAUGCAAAAAUGUGUGAGGAUGUAUAUAUGUUCGUUAGUCUUUCACGCAAAAUCUAUUGAAAUUUGGUACACGGGUAGAAUAUUACCUGGAAUAAUACAUAUGGUACUUUUUAUCCCGAAAUUCCAAUGAAAGUGAAGCCCUGGGGCGCAGCUAGUACUUAAUAUUAAUGUUUUAAUCGUUAUAUAUUAUAAAAAUUUAAUGAAUUUACAAGUUUUCUUGUCUUUACAGUUUUUUUUUUUAUUAUUAUUAUACUAAUUCUCGAUAUUAGACACAUUUUUACCCUGAACAGAACCAACUAUAUUUAUUAUACCAUUUUUUCUAGGCGAAGAUUUUCUUGACAUUUUAAAAUAAGUCCCAAUGAUAUAUUCGUAACACAAAUAAAUGAAAUUAGAAUUAAUUUUAAAUGAAUUUUCAUGAUUAUUUUCUUAAAUAUCAAGUUUAAUUAAGCACACAAUAAUAUAUUUUAUGAAAUAUGCGUCGAUAUAAUUACAUUAUAUCCUAUUUUAAUUUCCACUUUGGUUUCAUAUGACGUUGAUUGCUUUGUUAAUGUUUCAUUUGUUCACAUAGCCAGCCAUUGCUCCGUCGUCCUCCGUAGCGACGACGCAGCACGUUGCGGCUCCGUUGUGCGCCGAUGUUUCCUAUUGGGUUUGACACUGACGUGCGUUCAUGAGCGCAACGGAGCCGCAACGGAUAACACAUGGUUCUAAUGCUGCCUAACUCAGUAUUUGCAUUCCAGAUUGUUACAAUUUAUUGGCAUGAAAUUAGUUACGUAAUUGUUAAAGGUCACAAUAUUUUUCUUUUUAUAUGAUAAUGAUAAGCUUCUAUGAAAUUGUUAUUUGCAUUUAAGAUUUAAGUAUAACAUAUAUAAUUAUACUCUUUGUAGAACAAAAUUAGUUAAUAAGCAUUUAUGUCAAAAAUAUUUUUCUUAUAAUUUUGUACAAUAUAAUGCAAAACGAAAAAAGGUACCUAUACACAAAUACUUGUAUGCAUUUUCCAAAUGUAAUAUUAUCAAAAUCAUUCCUUUUAAUACGAUAUCAUUUUAUAGAUUAAGUCAUUCUGUUUUAUAUGAAAUAAAUCAUUUUUGACUAAAUA